AUGUUCUACAGCAACGAAAUUUGGUGUUGCAACCAUUUGAUACUCACCGUCAUCUUCAGGGUUGUUGCGACCAUUGGUCCACGCGGUGGUGGCACCCGAAAGGUUUCCCGGAAAGCCAUCGAAGAGGUCGACAUCCGAAGGGCUUGUGAAAAAAUCAUUGAGCCGGGAGCUCCCAUCUCUCUGCGUCUCCAGAGCAAUCUCCUCUACGGAAUUUCACGGGUUUACUCGUCGCAGUGCAAUUACAUGCUCGCCGACGCCGAGAAGGUGCAAACCUUGAUGAAAACUUUCUUUCGACUUAUCGCCAACAACGAGACCGACCCCAAAGCUGGGAGAGCGAGACGUGACCAAAUAACCCUUAGCGACGACCCGAGCUUUGUUCCUACCAGCAUCAUGCCGCAUUUCACAAUCGACGACGACGGCAAUUCUUGCUUCAUUUCCGGAAGUCACCCCUCAUCAGGGGGGAAGAGAAAGUCGCAGUCGCAGCUCAGUCCCUUCCCUCACCCCGUCGACCUUUCUGGUGGUCGGGAGCAUUCGAUUUUCAACCUCGAUAUCUCUCAGUCGUCCAGCACUUUCAUUUACCGGCUGCCAUCUCCAUUUGCACACUCCUCGUCCGCGCAGAAGACACUACUUCCUCGAACACGCGAUGAUAUGGAGCUGAACCUGAACAUGGGCUCUCUAGGUCCCAUGGACGACUUCGACAACUUUGGCGGCGUGGAGCUCGAAAUCGACGAAAACGGUGGCGUCGUUGUGGAUGAGCCUGAGCCUGAGCUGCCAGGUCUCGUAGAAACUGGCUUGGUCAAUUCUGAUGCACCAUUUCAGAUUGAACAGACUCAAGAUGAGCAACUGAUUGUUCGUGAUGCCGAGGGUGACGUAGUCAUGAUGGGUAGUGAUCCCGUCUUCCUACAGGAUGAACAUAUCCUUCACCUGCCCCAGCCACCCGAAGAAGGCCAGAGAGAUCAAUCAUCUGCUCCAUACAGGAAGCGUCGACGUGUUCUGAAAUUCGACAAUGACAGUACCACGAUUAAACGCUCUGUUCUCAAAAGCUGGCAAGAGCAGUAUGUUGACAAUGCGGAAAGGGCUACCAGCAAGCGGAAGGGAACAACACAGAUUCAAGCUCGAGCCAAUGCGUAUUUCCUCACCUUCGGACAGGGAAUCGCAGGCAUAGGCCGCAUUACAGGCAUUCCUGGAACCAAGUUUCCUCUUGCAGAUGUUUUCGCCGGUACUGGCCUUCGCGACAUCAUUUACGGCCCGCCCAGUGAAGAGGAAUGGGACUUACAGACGCCGUCCCCCAAGGGCCGCAGAAGAAGAGCAGUUGAGGCUUUCGACGAAGCGAGCGAUAUAAGCGAAGACCGGAACGUGCGCCCGAGAGUCGACGAGACACCGCAGCAGGGUCGCUCCAUGGAUGAAAUGGGCGGAUACGGUAUGAUGAUCGGAGACGAAUCAAUGCCAGAGAUGGGAAUGAAGGCUGCGCAGCCCAUGGAAGAGCAUCCGUCGUCCUCUUUGAUGCCUUGGAAUCGGACACCUUCAGCGGGCCGAGGAUCUUCAGUCAUCAGCCAUAGUGCUCGGCGCCAUGAACAGACCAACCGACAUAAGUCUGCUAGCCUUCGCGGAAGCAGCGCUCCUCCCUUUGAGCCGCUUCACGAUGCGCUCGGAAGCGACUUGGGUGCAAUUCCCAUCGACAUGCACGUCUCGCAAGACUUUGGGCCAGAGAACUUAUACCCCGCAGGUAUCGUUGGUAAUGGCCAGGAUGAUAAGAGCGACUCGCAAUGGAUGCGAUCCACUCUAGACACCGCAAGCGGGGAGUUCUUGCAGUGGACCGAAGAUGAGGCCAAGAAAACUGGCCAGAUCAAGGAGGGAGACAACAACGAGAACCGUCGUUGGAUCAACUUCGACGACCUCAUCGAGCCGGCGAAGCAAAAUCAUGUUGUUGCGGCCCAGGCCUUCUACCACGUUCUUUGCCUUACGACAAAGAACGCGGUCUCGGUCGAGCAGCAGGUUGAGAGCAUGCAGCCCUUUGGUCCAAUUCGAAUCGGACUUGAUAUGACGGCACUUCUAAUGAGCCAGGAGUAA